AUGUCAUAUGACUUAAAUAUUCAAUGGCCAUGUAAUGAUUUUCAACAAAAACCUACCACUCAAGAAUUAACUACACUCAAAAAUACAAUAAUCACAAAUUUACAAGUUGGCAAAACUCAUCAAGUAUUAAAUUUCACAAUCAAUGAAACAAUCAAAAUUCCACUAAAUGAUGCCACUAAGAUAAAUCCUUUACCAAUUAAAAAACUACUAGAAGAAUUAGGACCGAAAUUUCCUCUGUUGAAAUUAUUUUCAAGAAUCACUAUUCAGCUAUCAGAACCUUCAAAAUUACAAGGAUUGAGUAAAUUAAACAAUUAUUAUGAUAUUAUAGCUAUUCAACCUUUAAGUGAAAAAACAUUACAACAAGCUGUAUUAAGUAUAGAAUGUGAUUUGAUAAGUCUUAAUUUAGGUUCAAAAUUCCCAUUUUUUUUAAAGUUUAAAACUAUUGGUACUGGAAUUCAAAAGGGUAAAAAAUUUGAAAUUUGUUAUAGUCAAUUGAUUGGAGGUUCUUCAGGUUAUAAUGACAAUAUUAGUACGAACUUGAUCAAGAAAAAUUGGUUCAAUAAUGUAUUACAAUUAAUCAGAAGUUCAAGAUCAAGAGGGUUAGUAGUUUCAAGUGGGGCACAAAAUGCAUUACAAAUUAGAAAUAAUAAUGAUAUUUUAAUAUUGCUAAGUACGUUGGGGUUAGACAAAAGUAGAGCUAAAAGUUGUAUAACAACAAAUCCAGAAAAUGUAUUGAUUAAUGGGAGAUUGAAAUUAAAAUCUUAUAAACAAACUAUAGCUAUAGGUAAUGAAGAUAUAAUCGAUAAUGAUUUGGAAGAUUUAGAUAAAAAAAGUAAUUUGGCCGGUUACAAGAGAAAAUUCGAUGAUACUUCAACAGGUAAACUAUUGAAAAAAGCUAAACGUAAUUAG